AUGGCAGGAGGUGCAGUAUUACGUGACCGAAAAGCCAAAAGCAAGGACACUAAAGCAGUAAAAGCACAGACAGAAAAUGGAAUACAAGCUUCAUUGCCAGACAAAAGAGAUGAGAAUGUUGGAGGGAGUCCUGUAAAUGAAAACUCAGAAAACAGCAUCUCACUCAGCAGUAACAAGAAAGCAAGUGGAAAGGACAAAUCCAGCAAAGAAAGCAAGAGCCUGUGUAUGACAUUGUGUAGCAAGAUCAAAUAUGUCCUGUUGCUCAUCUUCAUACCACCCUUCCUGAAUUAUGCUUCCUUGCAAAGGGAAGCUGUUGAACUCAAGCCAGCUGGGGAGCUUUACGACAUUGGCUGGGGACAGAAGUUGUUUUUGUCCUGUCAGGGCAAGGGCGCUCCAACAGUCAUUUUGGAUGCUCCAACUGGAAUGAGCUCUGAUGUUUGGACAUUAGUUGCAACAAAACUGGCUGAGCACACACAUGUUUGUGUCUAUGACAGAGCUGGCUUAGGCUUUAGUGAUCGACCUUUGGUAAGUGAACAAAUGGGGGAAGACAUUCACAAGCUGAUAUCCACCAGCAGUCAGCAGCCGCGCCCAUUAAUCCUUGUUGGAGCAGAGCUUGGAGCAUUGGUAGCACAGUUUUACGCACAUAUUUAUGAAAGUGAUGUCCUUGGUUUAGUACUUGUCAACCCACUACAUGAAGAUUUGUUUGAGCAGUCUGAUGGAGCUUGGGUACAGCACUGGUUUAGCAGCCUAACCCCCACGUAUCAAACCUUACAGCUUGGAGCAGCCUUAGGAAUCACUAGGCUUGGCCUCCUCGUUGGCGCUCUCAAACAGCCAAUCAUAGGUGAAUCCGUCCCAGAUGAAGUUGUUUUACGUCAGAAAUACCUCUUGUGUCAUCCUCGUCAUCUAAGUUCUGUAGUUGAUGAACAUUAUUUCAUCAAUGAAACAUUUUCUCAAAUGAGAACAUUGCGGAAGAUCAAGUCUUUAACUCCCCAUAUAUCAGUGUCUGUGCUGACUGGAAACUAUUACGAUGAGCAGAUGCCUAGCACAUUAAAUAAGGCCUGGGCCCGAGCUGAACAAAGCCUGUUGUCCAGACUGCCACAGAAUGUACAGCACCUAGUGGUCAAUGGUGCUGACCGUCACAUGAUGUACCGGAAACCAGAACCUAUCAUUGAAACUGUGCUAAAAUUAGUUCGAAAGUGGAAAAGGACCCAGUCUUUAAGUGAUAGUAAAAGUUCAUAA